CCCACCAACAUGAUGGUCUCGUUGUAGGGUUUUUGCGUCGCCGUUCUCAAGACCUUACCUACAGCAGCGGACGAAGGGACAGACUGAAGCUUCUCCGCACAGAUGGCCCCGAAAAAAGGCGUAAAAGCACCUGCAGCACCUCUGAAGAAGAAACCGGAGAAGGUGGUGAAUCCAUUGUUCGAGAAGCGUCCAAAACAGUUCGGCAUUGGCGGUGCAUUGCCUCCGAAGAGGGAUUUGCAUAGGUUUGUGAAAUGGCCUAAGGUUGUUCGCAUCCAGAGGCAACGUAGGAUUCUUAAGCAGCGUUUGAAGGUCCCACCUGCGCUUAACCAGUUCACAAAGACACUUGACAAGAACCUAGCAACAAGCCUAUUCAAAAUGCUUCUCAAGUACAGGCCUGAGGAUAGAGCUGCAAAGAAGGAGCGUCUUCUUAAGAGGGCCCAGGCUGAGGCUGAAGGGAAAACUGUUGAGGUUAAGAAGCCAAUUGUUGUGAAGUAUGGACUAAACCAUGUCACCUAUCUCAUCGAGCAGAACAAGGCACAGUUGGUUGUUAUUGCGCAUGAUGUGGAUCCAAUAGAGCUUGUAGUUUGGCUUCCAGCAUUGUGCAGGAAGAUGGAGAUACCCUACUGCAUUGUGAAGGGGAAAUCACGCUUGGGAGCGAUUGUCCACAAGAAAACAGCAGCAGUGUUGUGUUUGACCACGGUAAAGAAUGAGGAUAAGUUGGAGUUCAGCAAAAUUUUAGAGGCGAUCAAGGCCAACUUUAAUGACAAGUAUGAUGAAUACCGGAAGAAAUGGGGAGGUGGUAUUAUGGGCUCCAAAUCUCAGGCAAAAACCAAGGCAAAGGAGAAGCUUCUUGCCAAGGAAGCUGCACAGAGAAUGACCUAGGAGUGCUACCGUUUUUUUUUUUUUUGAAGUAUCAUAUAUAACAUAAAAGAGGUUUUGCCUAUUUUUCUUUUAGUUACAAAUUUUCCUUGUCAUCAAGGCCAAGCAAUUUUUAUGAGUUACCUCAUGCUUCAUUCACCUUAAACUGCAUCCUUCUUUACUUUACCAUAUUAUCUUUGAGAACAUUGAGAAGGGAACAUUUCAUUACACAACUUUUCAUAUAUUGAACACUUUACUAGUUUCUGUUC